AUGUAUUGUUUAGCAAACCCACGUGGACGUUUCGAAGGCAAAGUCGCAAUCGUGACAGGUUCAAGCAACGGUAUUGGACGUGCAACGGCGGUGCUCUUUGCCGAAGAGGGAGCGAAAGUCACUAUCACGGGACGAGAUGCAGAAGCGCUUGCAACGACAAAAAAGGAAAUGCUAAGUGUGGGAGCGAAAAACGAAGAUAUUGUGGCAAUUCAAGGAGAUUUGAUUGAUGAAAGUGUGCAGAAGAAACUGAUCGACGCUACUCUUGAAAGUUUCGGAAAAAUCGACAUAUUGUCCUAA